AUGGCAGGGAGCUCUCUGAAAACUCUUACCCAAAUUGGUCGCUCGCUCCCGGCUCUACGGCACUACGUUGUUGAUUUCCAGACAUCUGCUCCGUUAUUGCCGUCGCAUAUCCCUCUCAAUUUGGAAACUCUAAUCCUUGGGCUAAACCACCCAGUCGCAUCACUCGAACAUUGGCCUCCUCUUAGGCUUCGUCACGUUUGCCUAAAACAUGACCUCUGGAAUACUACAGAAGUAAAAUCUUUUAACAAUUUCUGUAGGGAUUUCAUUCAAGUGGCAGGCAAAGAGUUGAGAUCUCUCUAUUUUUUUGGUCUACAAUUAGAGCCGGGCCUACAGCAGGACAUCUGGUCUCUAUGUCCCAAUUGGAACUUCUCUAUAUGGCAACCUGGAUUUUAUAAUGUUCUCGAGCUCGAUGUACCCGAUUGGCCAAAUAUUCGUACAAUUCGAAUGGGCCACAUUUGGUCUGGCAGCAGUGGCCUCAAAGUGAAAGGUGUCGGUCCUGAAAAACGUCUUGAGGAUGCUGCAGGGGAGUCCUUUGUGGAAUAUCAAUUCAGAAUGUCUUUAAGGGAAGACGAACAGUCGAGGAUCUAA